ACCCCAAAAAAUAACUAUAAACAAAUAAAUCAAGAAUUCAAAGCCACAGGAGAAAUUUCAAACUUUAAAAAGAAGACCCAUAAAAAGACUGAUCUAUCUUCAGACUACUGUUGGUCGGAGCACAAGAGAAGCAGGGAAAGAAGGAACUACUUUCUAACUGGAAAAAAAAAAAAAGAAAAGAACUUGGUGCUGGCAGAAAUGGAGGCAGCAGUACUGGAUAAGAUAAUAGAGAGAUUAAUAGAAGUCCGAUCCUCAAAGCCAGGGAAGUUGGUGCAGCUCUCCGAGUCGGAAAUCAAGCAGCUUUGUACUGUCUCCCGUGAUAUUUUCAAGGAACAGCCUAAUCUUCUUGAACUUGAAGCCCCCAUCAAGAUUUGCGGUGACAUUCAUGGACAGUACAGCGAUCUGUUAAGGCUAUUUGAAUAUGGGGGCUUUCCUCCUAAGGCUAAUUAUCUAUUUUUAGGUGACUAUGUAGAUCGUGGCAAGCAAAGCUUGGAAACAAUAUGCCUUUUGUUGGCCUACAAAAUCAAAUAUCCAGAAAAUUUUUUCCUUCUAAGAGGAAAUCAUGAAUGUGCUUCUAUUAAUAGGAUAUAUGGGUUUUAUGAUGAAUGUAAGCGUCGGUUCAAUGUAAGACUGUGGAAAGCCUUUACAGAGUGUUUUAAUUGGCUGCCUGUUGCCGCACUAAUUGAUGACAAAAUAUUGUGCAUGCAUGGGGGACUCUCUCCUGAUCUUACCAAUCUGGACCAGAUUAGGAACUUACCGCGGCCAACUCCAAUCCCAGAUACUGGUUUGCUUUGUGAUUUACUUUGGUCGGAUCCUGGUAAAGAUGUCAAGGGAUGGGGAAUGAAUGAUAGAGGAGUCUCAUACACCUUUGGGCCGGAUAAAGUGUCAGAGUUUUUGACAAAGCAUGAUUUGGAUCUUGUUUGUCGUGCCCAUCAGGUUGUGGAGGAUGGUUAUGAAUUUUUUGCUGACAGGCAGCUCGUUACCAUUUUUUCAGCCCCCAACUACUGUGGGGAAUUUGAUAAUGCUGGUGCAAUGAUGAGUGUUGAUGAGAACUUGAUGUGCUCAUUCCAAAUCCUUAAGCCAGCAGAGAAAAAGAAUAAAUUUAUGACGUCUACAAAAAUGUGAUUGGUUGACUACUUCUCCUAAAAUCCAAGGUAUUUAACGUUUAGAGUCGAAGAGUUCUAGGCAUGGCUUUGGAGACCUCUUACCAAGAGCCAGAAACUGUACGCCAAGGCCUCUUUCCUCCAAGUUGUUUAGCGUGUGCUUAAAUGUUGGCUGAAGAUUCACAACUUCGGUUUCGGGGAGGAAUGCGGUUUGUAGUGGCAUAUAGUUGCAUAGCUUCUCUCAGUAGCUUUCACCUUUUCACCUGAGAGUCUGGUUCAUGUAUAUAUAGUUCACUUCUGAAUUACUAUGUUCUUGAAUUCAAAUCAUUGGAAUUGGAUGUGAAAGCUGGCAUCUUGUGCCAGAAUCCAACCAGGCUGGGAUUUUCUGACAGUUGAUUCGUGUGUAAUCUAUCAAGUGGUACCUUGUUCUGGUUUGUAACCGGGCAAACUUUAAUAUUCGAAGUUGUUGGCC